AUGGGUCGCCGACCCAACCAAUUGAUUCUCGAGUACUUCGAGCGCGGUCCGAAGCUGGAAGAUGCAAGCAAUCGCUACCAACACACCUGCAAGUCAUGCGGUGAGAAGUUUCCCAAAGGUCGCAUAGAUAGCCUCACGAAUCACCUCGUCAAAAAAUGUCCCGCGCUACCCCUCCAAGACCGCCAGCGCGCGCUGCUGCAAAUGCACGAGCUGCCACUCCCCGACAAUAUGACGCAGACGGCCUCUACGAACGCACCCGGGCCGAGCCAAAUGCAGCAUGGCCAAAAGAUGAACCUCCCUUUUGCGCCGUCGAAGCAGCUCUCAGCGCUAGAGACGCUGGCCGAGGUGUCGCGACAACAUCUGGACCUUUCUGGGAAGCGCAUGGCAGAGAAGCAGCCGUCGCAGGCUCACCACAACAACAAUAACAAUAACGCAAGCCAUGCAGGGUUGUUGGAUGAGUUCCUGAUACAGGACGAUCGGCCUGAUGGCUCUGAUAUGGGUGGUCUGUCACAUGGUAUGGACAUGUCGCAUGCGCCGGCGAUGCCAUCCAUGUACCAGUUCAAUGGGCCAUUGCAUCACUCUCCAACAGCUUCACCUCAUAUGGGCCACAUGCCUUUGUCAAGCUCUGGUUCCAUGUCGCACAUGGUUCCAUCGCUCGUCAUGGCUGCAUCGGCAGCAAAUGAUCUCAUGCCACUGUCAAACGGCAUGCCUAUGGAGUCGGACAUGAAUCUCUCAGCACAUGGGAUGCAAGGCAUGUCGGAUGGAAAGUUCUUCCAUCCACAGGCACGUGGACAUUGGCCGAACAUACAGCCCAACUCCCUGGACCCCAUGUUACAAGACCAUGGCAAGGAGCAGAUGCAUGCGAACGACCAGCUACACAAGGGCAUGAGCCAGCAACGACCGCUUGUAAUGAGUCCAGCCAACCAGAGUCACUUCACAACCGACUUCAGCAUGAAUCAGAAGCCAGCCAAGCCCAAGGUCAGGGGUCGUUUCUCGGAUUCUAGACGAAAAGAAGUGCAGGAGGUGCGAAAACGAGGCGCGUGCAUUCGGUGUCGCAUGCUAAAGAAGCCAUGCUCAGGCGACAACCCAUGCAAUACCUGCCAGAACGUCGAGAGCGCGCGAUUGUGGAAGCAGCCGUGUAUUAGAACAAGGAUUGCAGAGGAGUUCGGUCUCUACUCUGCAGGUCUCCAUAGCGUGCUAGCGUUCCAUGCCACGAAUCAAGCGAAGGGCCAGAUACGGCUCGACCAAACACCAGGGCGCAUAGAAGCAACCCACUUUCCUCAUUCUGGCAUCUUUGCUACCUUCACACCGCUGAAGUGCCAGCAGACGCAAACAGCCCAGAAUACGGAUAUCGAUCCUACGAUUUUCGCUGGAUUAGCUUCACCAGAUCUCGAACUGAUUGACAGUGAUGACGAUGUCAGUGGGAAGCUAGACCAUUACAUCAAGAAGAUGGGUGGUCACUUUUCCGAUACCGAAGACUCGAAUUUCAUGAGAAUGACGGUACAGAUUGCAAAGAGUGUCGCAUCGUCAAGCCCAGACGGUCUCAUUUCAAAAGCACUGGAGCUAUGGAACCUUACACGGGUACUCACAUCCCGGAAUUUCGAAUGGUAUCUGUUUUCAAACCCUUCACUGGCACCUACUGUUACACCUUCUAUACUGGCGCCAACGGAUCUGGAAGACGCUAUCCGCACGCCCAUCACGCCUCUCGACAACGAAUCAUCCUACAACCUCAUCACCAUGCAGCUCAUGGGUGCAACCGAAAAGCGGGCCGCAUGUCUAGCACGCGUCGUGAUGAAUGAUCUAGAACGACGACUCCUCCAGCGUCAACAAGCUAACCCCUUCGAAACGUUCCUAGUCGCCGUCAUUCUCCUCGCCUGUGUAGAGCGCAUGUGUUGGCUCUUCCGCUCCUGGGAAAUGCCCUCUACCAGCCCAACCGCCCCAGAAGCUGAGGACGCUUUCAAACAACCACCAACUGUAGACAACGACUUGGCUACAGCUCUACAAUCCACCUCUUCGCCAUCCGGCCAUACACUGGACCUUGCUGCUCACCAAUCACUCCGUAACCCUAGGUGGCCGCUCGAUAGAUCUCCAUCGACCUUUUCUCAGCAAGGCGAGAAGUUCAGCGAUAUACUUAACAUGCUACUUAAGAUGAGGGGUGUUCCUCCUAAACCCACACCGCGCAGCCCAGAUGGCGUACUAACGGUAUGGAGCGAAGACACCAAUGAUCGAGUACGGGAAUGGUACGAUGGCAUUGCCGUUACAGUGCAACUGCUCGAUCAGAAGACGAAUGCGAGAUUUGUAGGCGAGGAUCCAAAGGAAUGGGAGUUGAAGUUUGUUGGCAAGAUCAUCAGAGGGGAUUAA